GCCCUUGGCUCCACCAGUUCCCCCGGGGAAAGAACAUAACACCUGGCCAGAAAAACAUCUCAUUUUUAUGCUUUUGGGCAACAGAGCUUUAAACAUUGAUGGAUUGUGUUGAUUUCAUGUCAUUCUCCUUAUAAAUAAGACCUGAUUACCUUAACUCUCCUUUUUUUCCUCCCUCAGAAUAUGGCAUCCAGCUCGCUUGACCAGUUGUUAAAGUAGGAGUUUCAAAGCCUGCAUCAGUGUGCUAAGAUGAGGAGGUAAUGCCUGUUAUGAGAUGUUGGGUCUAAGUGAUGUAUCGUUUUUAUUUGCAGGUUGUGGAACAGCUCCGCUCGUGAACGUGCUGACAGGGUCUCGGAUCGUCGGGGGCACGGCCGCCCAGAUUGGCGCGUGGCCCUGGAUAGUGAGCCUGCAGAUUCGCUCCGGAAAAAUCAUGGCUCAUAUCUGUGGGGGAAGCUUAGUGACGAAUAGCUGGGUCCUCACCGCGGCCCACUGCACUAGGGACACUCGAGAUCCUGUAGUAUGGAGAGCUGUGCUUGGAACUAACAAUAUAGACGGGAGACGUCCACACGGCAAGAUUAUAAAGGUUAAAGCAAUCAUCGUCCAUCCAAACUUCCAUUUGGAAACUUACGUAAAUGACAUUGCGCUUUUUCGUCUAAAAAAAGCAGUGAGGUAUAAUAACUACAUUCAGCCUAUUUGUCUACCUUUUGAUGUUUUCCAAAAGCUGGAUGAAAAGACAGAGUGUUUCAUAGGUGGCUGGGGAAGAACAACAGAAGAAGGUAAUUAUAGUCUGAACUUUAUUGAUGCAGUUGUUGUUUUUUUCUGGUUAUUGGAGAGGGUGAACCCUUUUAUAUAUUUCUUUAUCUCUCUGUGUUAUGAGUCUUUACAAACCAGUGAAAGGGAAAUGUCGUCUUUCUUGUCUGUAUUUUUUUUUCUUCCUUGUGGGAGAGAGAAAUUAUCUUCCAGAGCAGAAAUAAAGACUUUCUCUGGUUAUACAUGCCAAGAUACCUGAACCUCUGGACACCCUCAGAGAGGAUGGCGAUCUAAGUGUUUCUGUCCUUGAUGAGACGCAUAGGUGAUAGAGCCAGCUACGUGACAGAAUGGCUUGUCUUUAAUAAGCUUCUGGCCGUAAGGAAUCAACGUGGUGUCCUUUUAAAUGUAAUGCUCUGUUAGUAUCAAACAAGCUGAUUGUGAAUUUUCUUUAUUGCACAAAGGGGCACUAAUUGUUGAUUGGCUGAACUAAUGGAAAAAAAAUUUAAAUGUAGAAAACAGUAUCUCACGUUGGUAAUAACAACAGCUACCAUUUGGGAGCAUUAACCAUGUUUCGGGCCCUGCUCUAAAUAUAUUAUUUUUAUCUUAUCCUCCAAAAAUUCCUAUAAGGGAGUUAAUGUUAUUAUUCCCUUUUAACAGAUCAGGAAUUGUGGAUCUUAGAGGUUGAGAAGCUGAGACUCAAAUCCAGGUCUUUUUUAUUCUAAAGCCUGAAUGCUUAAGUACUACAUUCAGUGCAAACUGCUCUUGAGGUAAUGAAAGUCCAGUUAGCCAUAUAUGAGAUCAAGCACUGAGCCUUUGAUUCUAUUCCUUACGGAACCUAGACAUUGUAAUAUUUGUGGAUUAUUUAGAUAGGAUAGACUAGAGAUAAUUGUAUGGAAGAUGUGUGAAUUACUAUUUCUUCCUCUGUUAAUUCUUUCUAAGAAAGAGAAGAAAAGCAACAUGGUAUAGGGGGAAGGCAUUGGCUUUAGAAUCACAGACCUAAGUCUGUACUAGCUUAAUGGCCACUGGCAAUUAUUAAAUCUUUAACAAUGAGAAUAAUUAUAGGAGCAACUGCCAUUUAUGCAGGGCAAGCAUUUUAAUGAGUUUCUCAUUUAACAUCCCUAACAGUACAAUGAGCAAUACUGUAAUAUGUAUGAAUAAACUGAGGUUUAAAGAGGUUACUA